AUGAGCCAUGCACAGCAAGGCAGUUUCAGAAAGCUGCAGACUAACAAAUCAAGUACUGUACAGCCACACAACAGCCAUGCUAUGGUCUUGUCUGGAAACAAAAGACACUGCAUUAAAAAUACCACAGCUACAACCUUUUCUCUUUUACAGCUUGAGAACUACAUUGUGGAAAACAUGAAAUCGGAGAUGGUGCAGCUGCAGCAGAAUGCAGUGCAGAACCACACCGCCACCAUGCUCGAAAUAGGGACCAGCCUCCUCAGUCAGACAGCAGAGCAGACAAGAAAACUCACAGAUGUUGAAACCCAGGUGCUAAAUCAAACAUCCAGACUUGAAAUUCAGCUACUGGAAAAUUCACUGUCAACGUACAAGCUAGAAAAACAGCUGCUACAACAGACACAUGAAAUCCUAAAAAUUCAUGAGAAAAACAGCUUACUUGAGCACAGAAUUUUAGAAAUGGAAGAAAGGCAUAAAGAGGAGCUGGACACUUUGAAGGAGGAAAAAGAGAACCUACAAAGCUUAGUCACACGACAAAGCUACAUAAUCCAGGAACUAGAGAAGCAGUUAAACAAGGCAACAAGCAAUAACAGUGUCCUGCAGAAACAGCAGCUUGAGUUGAUGGAUACGGUUCACGCUCUGAUCACCCUCUGCUCCAAGGAAGGAGUUCUACUAAAGAAUGCAAAAAAGGAGGAAGAAAAGCCUUUCAGAGACUGCGCAGAUGUAUACCAAUCUGGUUUCAACAAAAGUGGUGUCUACACUAUUUAUAUUAACAAUGUGUCAGAUCCUAAAAAGGUCUAUUGUAAUAUGGAAAUUGCUGGAGGAGGAUGGACAGUUAUACAGCACCGAGAAGAUGGGAGUCUGGAUUUUCAAAAAACCUGGAAAGAGUACAAAAUGGGUUUUGGUAACCCAUCAAGUGAACAUUGGCUGGGAAAUGAAUUUAUCUUUGCAAUAACAAGUCAGAGGCAAUAUUCCCUAAGAAUUGAAUUAAUGGACUGGGAAGGAAACCGGGCAUAUUCACAGUAUGACAGAUUUCACAUAGGAAAUGAAAAGCAAAAUUACAGGCUUUAUUUAAAAGGUCACAGUGGAACAGCUGGAAAACAGAGUAGCCUGAUCUUACAUGGUGCUGAAUUCAGUACAAAAGAUGCUGACAAUGACAACUGCAUGUGUAAAUGUGCUCUCAUGUUGACUGGAG